AUGGGUAAAAAGUAUGAAAUGGACUGCAAUUCGGAUAACUAUGGCAAUCAACUGUUCUUCAACGCGGAGCGACAAGUCUGUGAUUAUGGGUGGAACGUGACACCUGAGAACGAUCUCUUAGAGAAGUGUCCACCAGCAGGAUCAUCCCAGACCCUACGUUUGGCUCACGAGUGUAACUGUUUCAAACAUUACGAAUGCCAUAACGGAGAAGCAAUCGGAAAAACCUGCCAGCCCGGUCAGAUGUUUGAUUAUAUUCUUAAGAAAUGUGUUCCGGCUGAAAAAGCGAUGUGUAAAUCUGGUUCCAGUCGAAUGUCUCCUAUAGGAUUUGAGACAGAUAUACCUUCCAUAUUUCAAUGUCCACCGAAAGGUUCUCAUGAAACUAAGUUAAUACCACACGAAUGCUUUUGUAAUGUAUAUUUCCGUUGCGAAGACGGAAAUGCAGUUCGUGAGGAAUGUCCACCUGGUCAAGAUUUUGACUAUGAGAAACAAAAGUGCGGCUUAAAGGAAGAUGUUAAAUGCAGAAGACCUAUAGGCACUACUCCGACGACCAAGACCACUACAAAUACCACAACUCUAAAACGCGACCUGUUGUGUAAUCCAGGACUACGUGUACCUCACGAGUGCCAUUGUAACGAGUAUUACGAAUGCGCAAUGAACGGACUUAAACAAUACCUUAGAAAGUGUGAACAGGGAUACAAUUACGAUUACGAGAGGAAGGUGUGCGAUAUCACGUCGCGCGCCAAAUGUUGGAGAGGUCAUUGUGUACCAGAUGAAUUAUUGCCCCACGAGUAUGAUUGUGGCAAGUACUAUAAGUGUGGACCGACAGGAGAAAAAGUAGUUAGUCAGAAAUGCGCAGAAGGAUAUUUAUUCGAUUGUGACCUGAAGACAUGUGUUCCACAAAACAGAUUAGGGCGCUGCUGUGUUGUAAUUCCUCCUUAUGCAUUGAAACAAGAAGAUAAUGAGUUUUUAGGAGACGUACUGUGA